GCGGCUCCUCCUUAGAAACGCAAAUUUUUAUAAAAAUUGCGAAAAACUUCAAUUUUUCAAAUAUGGAGUCCAUAAGCCCAAAACAACCAACAUCAAAUGCGAAAUAAGAAUGCAAAGAGUUAUCUGGCAUUCAGUUUUUCGCCUCAAAUCAGCCCGUCAAGCCGAAAACUUGCUGCCAACAGAGAACCUCAAAAUCCCGAAAAUAGCGUACCACGAUUUAUGCAGAAUACUAUCAGUACAAAAUGUAGAGAUGUACACAUACAGAAUAAAAAUUCACCAUACCACACAAACCUCAAGAAAGAUACACAGGGAGGACCUCCAACUGUGACAAGGCCUGUUAUGUCGAUUGCAGUACAAGAUUUGCAGAAUCACAAUACUGCUAUGGCAGCAAAAGUUGAAGAUCAAAACCAUAAUGAUUUCACUUUUAAACCUAAAGUUAGUGCUCAAAGUACCAAGCUAAUGGAGAAUAAAGAAUCAGAUUUUAUGACACGUCAGCAACAGCAUUUAGUGAAUCAAAAGAAAUAUAUGGACCAGGCAACAUCACAGUUUAAAAGUCCAAUCUUCUCAUUAAAACCUGGAACAGCCAGUAAAACUAAGAAAACAAAGCAGGAUGAGGGAGACAAGGAGGCUAUUGAAGAGAUUGAUACCAGUAAAGAUGCAGUAGAGGGAGGGGGAAUGAGUACUUCACAGUCCAAUCCAGCUAUGAUCAAAGACAAAGACAAUAAACCCAUUCCAUUGAAAACAAAGUCUUCCAUAGAUCUUUCCAAUGUUUUAGAACAAAGUCCAUACGGGUCAGUGAAUGGCAAUCUAGGUGUCCAGAGACAGAAAAGUCGAAUCCAGAAUGAGGCUGGGCACAGAAGACAGCAGACGGAGCCUGUCAAAGUUGGUAAUGCUAUCAAACAAGAAUCGCCGACAAAGGAUGCUGAAUCAGGCCACACAAGGAGUAAGACGGAUGACACCUGCAAUAAGAGUACAGUGAAACAGUUAUCUCAUAAUACCAAACUCAGCUUUGAGCGUAUAAACAAGGCAAAAUCUCUGGCAGAAAGAGCCAUAAAGCAAAAGAAGAUAUUUACAAUACAUGGUACAUAUCGGGAAGUUAGAAAAUCAUUACGAAGCAGAGGAUGGGUAGAAAAGUUUUACAAAAUGGAAAAAAAAGCAAAAACAGGGCAAAAACAAGAACAAACUGAAAAGUCGAAUGGAAAAGGAUGAUGAGAAUGAUGAUGAUAAUGACUCAAAUGAUGAUGCAGAUAAAAAUGAUGACUCAUCAAGUGAUGACGGUGACAUGGAUGAUGAUGAUGACGAUGAUGUCGCUGACACUAAAGAGAAGCCUUGGGAAGAAGAGAAUGGCAUAUAUGGGAUAAUGUCCCGUAUUGUACGUACUGCUGAUCCAACUUUAAUUUGGUCUGUGAGGCGUGAUUCUGUCAAUUAUAAAUACCUGAGAAACAAUCAGAUUGUUAACCACUAUGCCAGGGCUGGUUCUUUUACAACUAAGGUUGGUUUAUGUACCAAUUUACGUAAUGUGCCAUGGUUUGACCAGAGUGACCCUGACGCAUUCUUUCCCAGAUGUUAUAGACUAAGUCAUGAAGAAGAAAAAGGUGCAUUUAUAGAUGACUACAGGUUAACAGCCUGCAUGAAUAUCAUACGGAUUAUCAUCAGCCGUGGUAAUAAUACUGAGUCCAGUGAGACAACUGACACCACCACAACUUCCAGUCCUACCCUGAAACCUAUUAUACAGAGGAAGGGCAGCAUCUCACCUAGGAGAAGUAAAGAACAUAUCACGGCUCGCACCAGGAAGCGUAAAGGUGGCACUGUGCCGCAAGAGUGUGCAGAGCUAGCAUUGAUGCAAUGUGAGAAAUUCUUACGUUCAAAGGAUCACGAUGAUCUAGAUGAUGAAACUGAGCCUCAUGUACUUAGUGAAGCUGAGUGGAAUGAGUUCAUAGAGUGGUACUACAAAGUUGUCCAUCAUGACGCAGAGAUAGAGGGUGGGUCUUUUUAUGCGGCACGCAGCGAAAACCUGGCCAAUAGGCUGAGGGCACACUGGCCUCAGUUUGAAAUGGAUGGCACUAAGAAUGUAUGGAUCGUCAAGCCAGGUGCAAAAUCUAGAGGCAGAGGUAUUCACUGCCAUGAUAGGCUUGAGGAGAUGUUACGUCUAGUCAAUAGUCAAGUUGUCAGGAAAGAUAGCAAGUUUGUUGUGCAAAAAUAUAUAGAACGGCCAAUGUUAGUAUACAACACAAAGUUUGAUAUACGCCAGUGGUUCAUAGUAACAGACUGGAACCCAUUGACUCUAUGGUUUUAUAAGGACUGUUAUCUUAGGUUUUGUUCUCAAGAGUUCACGCUUGAUGACUUCCAUGAAGCCAUCCAUUUGUCAAACAAUGCUAUACAGAAGAACUAUGACAAUGGAAUUAGGUCCGAUAAACUGCCUGAUGAAAACAUGUGGUUCCAUACAGAAUUUAAAGAACACCUCAGUAAGAUUGGUAGGCCCACAGUUUGGGAUGAUGUCAUUUACCCAGGGAUGAAGAAAGCAAUACUUUGUUCCCUUCUCACAGCCCAAGAUGUUGUUGAGUGUAGAAAGGCAGCAUUUGAGUUGUAUGGGGCAGACUUUAUGAUCACUGAAGACUUCCAGCCAUGGCUUAUAGAGAUCAACUGUAGUCCUAGUAUGGACACCAGCACCAAAGUGACUGAAGUACUCUGUGCUAAUGUGCUUGAUGACACUAUUAAGGUUGUGAUAGAUAGGCGAUCAGACAAGAACUGUGAUGUAGGACAGUUUGAGUUAUGUUACAAACAACCUGCCGUCAGUGUACCCCCUUACUGCGGCUCUAACUUCUCUGUGGAGGGACAGACAAUUAAACCCCCCAGGGGAUUUAAAAGACUCCAAGCCCUGCAGAAUCUUGAAGCAGAGGCUGAGAAGCUUAAAGAGAAGCUUUCACCCCCAGUGUCACCUGAUGAUGAGAACACUUAUGAAAAAAUGCAUGAUAGACCAUAUUUAAGGACAUCUAGAUUUGGAAUAGGUAAAACGACACCUGCACCUAAUCCCAAAGAAACUGGAAGUUUAAUGAUGAGCAAACCAGGGAAAAUCAUACAUCAGUUACAUCAGAAACCUAAGGAAAAACCAAUCAUAAAAGUGCAGUCAACGAGUGUGCAUCAGUUCCGUCCAGAACCAUCCUCUAAAAGUCCCAUCCCAGUGCCAGCUGGUGGGCUCAGUAUUGAGCGCAAAACUGUACCCCUGAAACGCUCGAAUAGAAAAUCAGUGCAGUCGACAGAGAUCACUCAACAGCAACAAUUUGAAACGGAUCCAUCGAAACAAGGUAGUAUUAAGGAGUUCAAUAUGGACCCCUUAAUUGUACGUAAUAAAAUUAGACGACCUCAACAGGUAGAACGGCAGAGAAUCAGGGACGUCAAGUGGCAACCGAGGGGAUCAGUGGGGGUUAGGUUACCAAAAUCAUUACUAGACAAUGUCCGCAUUACCUACAAGACUCUUGAUUUUCAUGUGCCCAAAAUAAAAUAUAUCAAAAGUGGAAGCCCUAUGCAUGGAACUCCAUUUGGAGACAACCUCGCCACAACAUCCCCUCCUUUGCCACUACCCCUUGAUGCAGAUGCCUAGUCUACAACAAUAACAUUUCUAGUCUUUGACAAAUUAUGGAAAUAUGUCUGAAUGUCUCUGUGGCAAAUGAUUGAAUUGAAGAUUCACUUAUACUCAGUUUUUUAUGUCGCCACCAAAAUGGUGACAUAUUGCUAUUGCUUUAGUAUCCAACUUUUAGUGGGCGGUGUUCAGCAGUUUGUGUUUGGUGUCUGUACCAGUAUUAGGCAUCUGUUUCAGCUGUUGGCACGGCAUCUAAAACAAAUGGCAGGUGGUG